AUGAUCAGAGAACUGGAGCAGCUGCACAGCAUAAUCCGAGAACAUCUGUGCAGUGGCCCCCUUCUACUACUGCUGGCCUGCAUUCCUUACAGCUGCCUGCUCAAGAACCCUGCCAGUGACGAGGAUGAUGAUCUGCCACCGGUGGCAUCCAAACCCACAGGGAGCAUCCCUGCCCAGAAUGUGCCCAGCUGUCCAGCCAACUGUACCUGCCCAGCAGAAGAGACAGUGGAUUGUAGCGGCCUUGACCUGUACAUCUUCCCCAGCAAUAUCUCGGCAGGAAUCCAGCAUCUUUCACUGCAGAACAACCAGCUGCAGGAGCUGCCAUACAAUGAGUUGUCCCGACUGGCCAGCCUGAGAACCCUCAACCUCCACAACAACCAUAUUGACUCUGAGGGUCUUCCAGAUGAAGCUUUUGAGUCCCUACAGUCCCUUCAAUACAUCUACCUGGCCAACAAUAAGCUGUCAGUGGCACCACAGUAUCUGCCCAGCACUCUGCGCAUUGUGGACCUUGCUGCCAACCGCCUGACAUGCAUCUACCCACUCACCUUUGGGCACAAGCCUGGCCUCAGGUCUGUUUAUAUGCACAACAACCAGCUGAACAACACAGGCCUGCCCUUUGAUGCCUUCAAUGGCUCUGAUGCUGUCAGCACCUUGAUCUUGUCCAGCAACCGGCUCACCUACCUGCCCCAGAAUUUGCCCCGGGCCACUGUCCGCCUUCACUUACAGAAUAACCGCAUCUCCCGGAUCCCCAAAGGGGCCUUGAGCAGUCAGUGGCGCCUCCGGGAACUCUAUCUGCAGAACAAUAACCUGACCAAUGAUGGUCUUGACCCCUUCACCUUCAGCAGACUGAAGAGCCUGGAGUACUUGGAUCUUUCCAAUAAUAACCUGACGCAGGUGCCUGCUGGCCUCCCCGCAAACAUUGUCAUCUUACACCUGGGCCGAAAUCGUUUGAGUGCCCUGCCACCCGAGCGCCUGAGUCGUGUGCGGGGCCUGCAAUAUCUGCUGCUACAGAGCAAUGCCUUGACUGCUUCUCGGGUGCACCCAGAGGCCUUCUCCCGCCUGCGUGCCCUGCACACACUCCAUCUCUACAACAACCAGCUGGAGCGUGUCCCACCUGGUCUCCCACGGCGCGUACGCUCCCUGAUGCUGCUGCACAACCAGAUUGCACACAUUGGACUGCAUGACUUUGCAGCCACCUACACCUUGGCCGAGCUCAACCUUAGCUACAACCGCCUUUACAGUGCCCACAUCCACCGCCUGGCCUUCCGUAAGCUCCGGCGCCUGGAGAGCCUGGACAUCUCAGGCAACCAGCUCACCCUCUUGCCUGCUGGGCUCCCUGCCAGCCUCCAGGUCUUGCAUCUUCAGAAGAACCAACUCAACUCCCUCUCUCCAGAGCUGCUGGCCAACCUCACCAUGCUCAAGGAGUUACAUUUGGCACACAACCGCCUGCGGAUCAGCAGUAUCUCGCCAGGCACUUGGCAAGAGCUGCACAGCCUCAAGCUUCUGGAUCUGAGCUACAAUGAGCUGUCUUAUGUUCCGCCAGACCUGCCAGAAUCCUUAGAAUAUCUAUACCUGCAGCACAACAGGAUUGCUGUCAUUAUGGCUGAGGCCUUCCUUACAACACCCAACAUGCGGGUCAUCACUCUCAGAUCCAACCGUUUAUUGGCAUCCAACGUGUCUGAAGCAGCAUUUGUCAACCUUAAACUGUUGGAGGUAGUUGACACCACAGGGAACCCCGAGCCCAUCAGCAUCUCUUUCUUAAAAGCUGAGAAGUGGGGCCGCAACCGGAUGGGCGCCUAGGGAAGAUUCCCAGAGCAGGUUAGGCUUUGAGCCCUAUGCCUCCAGCCCCUCUCCCCCAGAUCACAUCCUAGACUCCCUUUGCACACUGCUCCCUUAGGUCUCAGCCAAGAUGGCCUCAGCCUGCCUGCAGGAAGCCCUCUGGAGGGAUUGGCAUCAUCCAGUGUUUUGCUUUCCUGGCCUAAGCCAGCUUCACAGAGCAGAGCCACUGCAACGUGCUCUGUCUGCUUUUUCCUGGGAGGAGAACUCACCUACAAUCCAGCAGCUUGAAAGAG